AUGUCUUUUGUUACUGAUCAGGUGGCUGCAGCUCAUCACAUUCGCAACCAAAGCCAGGACAUCUGCCCGGUGCCCGCCGACCUCGAGCCCUCGGACGGGACGCGCACGUGCGCCAAGCUCUACGACAAGAGCGACCCCUACUAUGAGACCUGCUGCGGGGGCGCCGCGCUGUCGCUGGAGCCGGGCGCCGACCUGCCCUCCCUGCCCUCCAACUGGGCCAGCACCGCCUCCCCGCUCGUGGUGGCCCCGCGCUGCGAGCUCACCGUGUGGUCCCAGAAAGGCAAGGAGGGCAAGACGCACAAGUUCUCCACCGGCACCUACCCGCGCCUGGAGGAGUACCGCCGGGGCAUCUUCGGAGACUGGUCCAACGCUAUCUCCGCGCUCUCCUGCAGGUGAAGCUGACGCUUUGCUGCUCUCUCAGCUGCAGCUUCCACAGAGUGCUAAGCCCCUCACUCGGCCUGUCCCUGGGCUCUGCUCCGGGGCCCCAAGACCCAGAAGGAGGAGCGUUCUGCCUGCCCCCUCCCACCUCCCCUGCAAUACAGCCUUU